CCUUGCCCAGCUGUUGUAGAGUGUGAGACGUCUGUAGAGUUUCGUGGAGAUACUGAGUAUCUGGGACUUAUGAAACUGACGGUUUAUGUGCACAGCAGCGGAUCAAGCGCAUUUACGCAGUGCUCAUAGCGCCAGUCGUUUAUAAAGUGCUCUUUUUAAUGUUUUUUUCUCGGGUCACUCCAUCAGGAGUGUGCGAUCCACCUGCGGUCCGGUCGAGCAGCGCGUCUGAACGCACAUGGAUUACAGUACCCUGAUGGCGCCUCCGGUGCCUCCUCACAAACCCACAUCCCCCCGGCCUGCGCACUGCGAGGGGCGGCUGCUGAAGUGCGUGUUUCUCGGGGACGGAGCUGUGGGGAAAACCAGCCUGAUUGUCAGCUACACGACCAAUGGAUAUCCAACUAAAUACGUCCCGACAGCGUUUGACGAUUUCUCAGCGGUCGUCCAGGUGGAUGGUCAGCCAGUGAGACUGCAGCUUUGUGACACUGCUGGGCAGGAUGAAUUCGAUAAGUUGCGUCACUUCUGCUACACACGGACUGACGUACUCCUGCUGUGCUUCAGCGUCGUCAGCCCCGCUUCCUUCCAGAACAUUGGUGAAAAAUGGGUCCCGGAGAUCCGACGGCGUUGUCCGCUCACACCUGUGCUGCUGGUGGGCACCCAGUGCGACCUGCGGCAAGACGUCAAGGUCCUCAUCGAACUGGCACGGCGCAGAGAGCGGCCUGUCCUGGAAGAGGAUGCCCGCGCCCUGGCGGACAAAAUAGGAGCGGUAGCCUACGUAGAAUGCUCCUCGCUCACACAGAAAAACCUGAAGGAUGUGUUUGACGCCGCCAUCUCCGUGGGGCUACGACACUCCGACAGAAGAGCCAGACGAGAACGGAAGGUCCACAGUACUGCUGAUAAAAUGAAAAUGCUUUCGAAGUCGUGGUGGAAGAAAUAUAUCUGCAUACAGUAGCAAAGAUCAAGCCAAUCUUCUGAGGCAUGAACUAUGUGAUAGACUCUGGUUUAGCGUCACGCUCCUCAAGUGGAUGAUGGUCAGUUGGUAACGAAACAACAAUGAACAGUAUUGCUGCUGUAAGGACGAUGAAUGAUGACAGAAGGUGCAGCUUGUUCGGUAGCGACAGUACAAAGGAAGUUGCAGGGCCGUUGCUAAAAAAUCACAGGGCCCAGGAUAAAGAUUUCCUACCCUGGGGCUAUUUAGUAGGUGUAGAGGACCUUAUUAGCCAUGUUUCCAUCCACAGAUUUGUAUGCAAAUUUUGGGAUAUUGCAUUAAAUGGUUAGUUCACCCAAAAAUGAAAUUUACUCACCCUCACAUCGUGCCAAACCCGUAAGACUUUUGUUCAUCUUCGGAACACAAAUGAAGAUCUUUUUAAUGGAAUCUGAGAAAUUUCUGUCUCUCCAUUGACGGUCUACGCAACUACAACUUUAACGGCAUAAAAAGUUCAUAAAGAGAUCGUAAGACUAAUCGAUAUGAAUUGAGUGGUUUAGUCUAAAUUGUCUUUAUAUGAUGAACAGAUUGAAUUUAGGCUUUUAUUCACAUAUAAACAUUGAUUAGCGAACAUAAACAGAAGCUCAACCGUACUUGCUUGAUGCGUGAGAACAAACCUCAUUAGUUCUUGCAGAAGCUCAAAUGUGCUGCAUAACACGAGAAUGAACCUCACUGGUUCUCAUACGUCAAGCAAACAUGCUUGAGCUUGUGUUUUUAUAUCUGAUGUGUAUGUUGAUGAAUGUUUAUAUGUGUGUAAAAGCCUAAAUUCAAUCUGUUUAUCAUAUAAAGUGAGAAAAUUCUGACUAAACCUCUCAAUUCAUAUGGAUUAGUUUUACGAUCUCUUUAUGAAAGCGUCAAAGUGGUAGUUGCGUAGCUGUCAAUGGAGGGACAGAAAUCUCUGAUUUUAUUAAAAAUACCUUCAUUUGUGUUACGGGUUUGGAAUGACCUGAGGGUGAGUAAAUGAUGAUUUUCAUUUUUGGGUGAACUGUCCCUUUAAAAAUGCUGGAUGGAAAUACCAAUAUCUGCUAAAAUCUUAAAACGCCGCUAAAAAACCAUACUCAAUUGAGAUGGAUACUUUUUUUAUUUGAUAAUAAACAUGUUUACAGAAUAAAUUCCUGGAUGCACAACAAAAAAACUUGCGUGACUUUGUCUUAACGGAUCAUGUGAUUGGAUAGCUUGAAUAACCAGCAGAUCAAUCUCAUUGCAUACCAUCUCAAAUAUUGUUUUAAUCAUUCUGAAAUGCCUGAGCUAGUGUAUGUCAUCAAAAUUAUUCCCAGAACUGUCUCACACGAUUGCAUUCCCAAACAUCAGGCAUUCAAUCACAAGAUAAUAUGACAGCGUUUGUAAUUGCUUUUUAUCUGCACGCUCUUUUGAGGUGCAAUUUAUUAUGUAAGAAAAAUGAGUCACAGGCUUCCUCGGUUGCAGCAACUUUUUCUUUUUUUAUUUUGCGCCAGUUUCCCAUUUUGUUCUCUUGAACACAUGGGAUGGAAACGGUGCUUUAGUCACAAAUGUUUUAUGCGAUAUUCCAUUUUUUGCACAAUUUUACUUAACAACUUUGGAUGGAAAUGUAGCUAGUGAGACCCUUCAUCACAGAGCCUAGGAAAACGAUCCCAAUCGUGCCUCUGCGAUGUCAAUCCUCACUGUAUGAACACUAAAUGACUCAACUGGAUAGUGAAGAACACUGUUGACCUCUUCCACAGCCAAAACUGUCUGAUUAUGGUUUUAAAAAUCAUCUACUGCUCUUGUUUUCAAUACCAAACAAAGUGCCACAGUUUCUAUUUAUUUACCCAUGUCUUCUAAAUGAUAAAUGCAUGUUCGAGACCAUAUAUUGAUGAUGCAAGCAUGCUAACACUGGUGAUCAAGCUCCUUUUUUGUUUGUUUAACCUCCAUGUCUGAGGUCACAAAGAGGUCCUGUGGCCGCUCGGCCAUUUACGCUCACUCUAAAUGGUCCUUAUAUCCCAUCAUGCUGAAGUGUUCAGUCUGUAACUGAACCUACUUGUAAUUAGGCCACGUUUUCAUCGUUUUGAUUGUCCAAAAUGGAGUGUAACUGCAACUCUUCUGUCCUUGUUAACACAACUUUGCCUUUGCAAUGUGAGAUGGUUCAGUGAACUCUUGUGUACUAUUAGUCACAGAAAGGUGGACCUAUCAUGCAUAACACAUUACCUUUGUAUGCCAUACAGUGCAUUGCACUUGUGAUCUCUUGUUAAUCCCUAUUGCAGUCUUUUAAUUUUAGUUGAUCUAUACUGUCGUGUCAUGUUGUAAAAAGUCUAGUACAAAGUUCUUUGGCUAUGUGUCCUCCUGAUCAGCCAAUGAGAUGUUGAAUUUGCUUCUCAUUAUUCAGAAGCUCAAUCAGAGUCAUUCAGUCAGAGAUCCACCACAAAUGAAAGGGCACAACAGUAGGGUUCAGGAAGUAAAAAUCCCCCCAGUUAUCAAUUAUAAAUUGUCAUAGCACCAACAAGUUUGUAGUGCGUAGUUCAUUCCAUCAUUUUCAUUACAUCAUUUUAUUCAUUUACUUCUUUUUUUCUUUGUACUGAAAUGUUUUUAUUUUUAUUUCUUAAUUUUUUUAUUAAACUCCAAUUGAGAAAAUGAAUGGGGAAGAUACUUCCAGAACCAAAGCCGCCUACAGAGUGGUCGGUCACUGUUCGCUCCAUACAGCCUCACAUCAGGAAGUGGCCUCUGUUCUUUAUGUACUUUAUUGCCACCGCAAUGACAUUAUCAGGGUAAUCUACUUUAAGAUCUGUACAUUUUAUGAUUGCAUUUAAAUUUCUUACUCUAUAAACACUCCUGUUUAUGGUACAGUGUGUAUGUGUGUUGCUGACUGCUAUCCAUGAUUUUCAUGGAAAAUAAAUGUGACAUUAACUGAAA